AAAAGUUGUUAGAUAGUAUUAAUAUUGUUGAAAUUGCUAAAGAGACGUACAUACAGAGAAAAUGGAUAAUCCAAGCUCACCACCGCCAAAUACGCCCAGCGAUGCCGCGGAGCGUCGGGAUUUGCGGGCAGCGAUGACUUCGCCUGUGGGAGACUUUGAGCCUUUUGAAAACGAAGAUGAAAUUCUAGGCGAUCAAACAGUGCGCAAUGAGGAGGACGAAGAUGGAGAGGAGCUGUUUGGCGACAACAUGGAGAAUGAUUAUCGGCCCAUGCCCGAGCUGGAUCAUUAUGAUCCCGCCAUGCUGGACGACGAGGACUUCUCGGAGAUGUCGCAAGGCGAACGCUUUGCAGCCGAGGCGGACAUGCGUCGUCGGGAUCGGGCCGCUGGCAUUCAUCGUGAUGAUCGUGAUCUUGGCUUUGGUCAGUCCGACGAUGAGGACGAUGUUGGACCUCGUGCCAAGCGGCGGGCCGGUGAAAAGGCAGCCGUGGGCGAGGUGGAAGAUACGGAAAUGAUCGAGUCCAUUGAGAACCUGGAGGACACCAAGGGACACUCCACCAAGGAGUGGGUAAGCAUGCUGGGUCCACGUACCGAGAUCGCCAAUCGGUUUCAGUCCUUCCUGCGCACCUUUGUGGAUGAUCGGGGUGCCUACACGUAUCGGGAUCGCAUUCGUCGCAUGUGCGAGCAAAACAAAUCCUCGUUUGUGGUGUCCUACACGGAUCUGGCCAACAAGGAGCAUGUGCUAGCAUACUUCUUGCCCGAAGCGCCCUUCCAGAUGCUCGAGAUAUUCGACAAAGUGGCCAAGGACAUGGUUCUGUCCAUUUUCCCCACCUACGAGCGAGUGACGACCGAGAUUCAUGUCCGCAUCUCGGAGCUGCCACUGAUCGAAGAGCUUCGCACCUUCCGCAAGCUGCAUCUUAACCAGCUGGUACGCACUCUGGGCGUGGUCACGGCCACCACGGGUGUGCUGCCCCAGCUGUCGGUGAUUAAGUAUGACUGCGUCAAGUGCGGUUAUGUUUUGGGUCCCUUCGUGCAGUCACAGAAUACGGAAGUCAAGCCCGGUUCCUGCCCAGAGUGUCAGAGCUUUGGACCCUUCUCCAUCAACAUGGAGCAGACUCUAUAUCGCAACUACCAGAAGAUCACACUGCAGGAGUCGCCAGGACGCAUUCCAGCCGGUCGCAUUCCCCGCAGCAAGGACGUCAUUCUGCUGGCCGAUCUCUGCGAUCAGUGCAAGCCUGGCGAUGAACUGGAAGUCACUGGCAUCUAUACCAACAACUAUGAUGGCUCUCUAAAUACAGAUCAAGGAUUUCCCGUUUUUGCGACUGUCAUAAUAGCCAACCAUGUGGUGGUCAAGGAUUCCAAGCAGGUGGUGCAAUCGUUGACGGACGAGGAUAUUGCCACCAUUCAAAAGCUGAGCAAGGAUCCCCGCAUCGCUGAGCGCAUCGUGGCAUCCAUGGCGCCUUCCAUCUAUGGCCAUGAUUAUAUAAAGCGUGCCUUGGCGCUGGCUCUCUUUGGUGGCGAAUCCAAGAAUCCAGGCGAGAAGCACAAGGUGCGCGGUGACAUCAACAUGCUCAUCUGCGGUGAUCCAGGCACGGCCAAGUCCCAGUUCCUCAAGUACACUGAGAAGAUUGCACCACGGGCAGUCUUUACCACCGGUCAAGGUGCCAGCGCUGUGGGCUUGACCGCCUACGUCCGGCGUAAUCCCGUGUCCAAGGAGUGGACCCUGGAGGCUGGCGCUUUGGUGCUGGCCGAUCAAGGUGUCUGCCUGAUCGACGAGUUUGAUAAGAUGAACGACCAGGAUCGCACCUCCAUUCACGAGGCCAUGGAGCAGCAGUCCAUUUCCAUAUCUAAAGCCGGCAUUGUCACUUCACUGCAGGCACGCUGCACGGUCAUCGCUGCCUCGAAUCCCAUUGGAGGUCGCUAUGAUCCCUCGAUGACCUUUUCGGAGAACGUGAAUCUCUCAGAGCCAAUUUUGUCGCGUUUUGACAUACUGUGCGUGGUCAAGGAUGAGUUUGAUCCCAUGCAAGAUCAGCAGCUGGCCAAGUUUGUGGUACAUUCCCACAUGAAGCAUCAUCCCAGCGAAGAGGAGCAGCCGGAGCUCGAGGAGCCUCAGCUUAAGACUGUCGAAGAGAUACCACAGGACCUGCUGCGCCAAUAUAUUGUCUACGCCAAGGAAAACAUCCGUCCCAAGUUGACGAACAUUGAUGAAGACAAGAUUGCCAAGAUGUACUCGCAGUUGCGUCAGGAAUCCUUUGCCACAGGCUCGCUGCCCAUCACGGUCCGUCACAUCGAGAGCGUCAUCCGCAUGUCCGAGGCCCAUGCGCGUCUCCAUCUGCGCGAGAGUGUCAUGGAGGCGGACGUCAGCAUGGCCAUCCGCAUGAUGCUGGAGAGCUUCAUUGAGGCGCAAAAGUUCAGUGUGAUGAAGAAGAUGCGCAACACAUUCCAAAAGUACUUGGCCUUCCAGAAGGAUCAUUCCGAGCUACUCUUCUUCAUAUUGCGCCAGCUGACACUAGAUCAGUUGGCCUACAUUCGCUGCAAGGAUGGUCCCAGCGCCACCAAUGUGGAGAUCAUGGAACGCGACUUGAUAGAGCGCGCCAAGCAGCUGGACAUCAUCAAUCUGAAACCCUUCUACGAAUCCGAAUUGUUCCGCAGCAAUGGAUUCUCCUACGAUCCAAAGCGACGCACUAUUCUGCAGAUUGUUGUCGAUGGCGCUACUUAAACUAUUUAGCAUUCAUUUACUUAAUCUCAUUUUAAAUUUAGUCUCACCAUUUAUAUUUUGUUUCCCAUUUUUAUACGUAUUUAUGUCCAAUAAAGAUUAUGGUUACACUUUUUGAAUAAAAAA